AUGCUUGUGACGACCCUCCUGACGGAUCUCGUGCCGUGGCUGGCCUACGCCAGUUGCAGCCGCUACGGCCUCCGACGCCGCUCGCUCUUCCUAUCUGUCUGCCUGGUGGCCUUCCUGAGCGCCGCGCUGUACUCGGACACAAUCGCCUCCGUGCCACUGCUGUUCCUCGUGAACCGCGUCUUCUCCGUCAUCUACAAACAGAACCUGGAUCUUGAUCGGCAAGGUACCGCGCCCCGAAGGCCGGAGCGUUUACAGCAGGUCAAAAGCCCUACCGCACACGUGAAGGGGACCACGGACGGUGCGACGGGUGUUUCGGAUGCUGCUCGGGAGAGAGGGGUCGCAACGGCCAGUGUGAAACAAGCCCUAGAAGAUGGAGAGCGCCCAUCCUUCGACGACAUGCAGGCCAUACAGAGGGACACGUCUCAACCAAACGGGAAAGAAAAACCUCACGGCGUUGACACUAAACUGGGAGAGAAAUUACAAGCGUUACUGAGCAAGAAAUGUGUACCUCACGACAGCAGUGAGGUACGACAAGGUGCCGAGAUCUCUACGGGACAGCAGCAACAACACCAUGCGAUGGCCACAUCCUCCGAAGAGCUGCCACUCCGUCCUGCACAAGUCCCCAGGAACGAAGAUGCAACUUCGAGGCCCGCUAAAGAGAUCAAACAUCACUUGGAGCCCGAUAAAACUACGCUCACCUUAGAAUCCAACGAAUCAAAAACUCGCCAAAGCACUACUGAAAGUCGCGAAGACGAUCUCCAAAGCAAAAACGAUCAACCUGGUGGCGGUCAAAGGGAACAAAAUCCUGACGAUACGAACUUCACGUGCGGUGCCUACACCGACGUAAUCCACGAUAAUAGGCAUUACCUUAGCGAGGAUACGUUGUACCGGACCGGAAAGACCAAAGACCGGAAACGCCGCCGCAAGAAGGCACACGACACACGUAGUAAGCAUCAUCGUCCCAAUGCUGACGCUCAGCACAAAGUCGAUACGCAAGAUGUAACUCUGCCUGAACAGCUUGUCACAGACGAGAAGCCGGUGCCAUCUGAUGCGGAGGCGUCUCAGACGUUCUUGUCUUCCGCGACAUUAGCGCCAGACAAAACUGACGCAGCUGGCGUCAACGAGCCGGCUGCCGCACAGGCGCAGCACUGUGUCACUGAAAGCGACAGUACAUCUACCAGCGUCAUGAAAACAACGCAGGGCGGAGUAUCCCGUGGAACGUUGCAUAUAGCUGAUGCGGAACAAUACAAUUACAGUAUACUUAUUUAUUUCAAAUGCAGCCAGACGGAGGAAAAUUUUCACGAGCAGGGGGCCAUCAUGAUCAACGCCCGAAGGAAGCUCCGAGGACUGGAAGCACCAACAAUGCUCAGCUCUUUGUUCAUCUGUUACACGAUCUUCUUCAUCGCACUGUACGGACGGUUCGUCAUAGAAGGAUUACGAAUCAAGGAAGCACUUCUGACGGGGCUCACCAUCGGUGUCGUCCUGGGAACAGUAGCGAGCCAUCUAUCCGGAGUCUCCCACCUUGCGGCGGCACAAAUAUGGAGCCGACUUCCAUGGGGGAUUGUGAUCACCUUUGGCGCUGUGCAGGUUACGUCCAAGGUUGUCGAGCGGUACGACCUAUUGAAGGCGCUGUUCAAGCUGCUCGACUCGUCUUUUUGGGAGACAAGAUCACCGAUCCAAGUGCAGAUCAUCCUUACCGCGAUAUCGUCCGUACUGGCGGAGGCCGUCGACAACAGGACACUUAGCCGACUCAUGAUGCCCAUCGUUACUCACAUCGCGACGGCGACUGACGCGCCCCCGAUGUACUACGGGAUCCCGGUCGUCGUGGCAGCCUCCAGCAACGCCGUCAUGCCCGUGUCUGUCACGAUGGUCGUCCUGCACGAGCUCACCAGGAUCCCAUGUCUGCAGCUGUUCUACUUGGGCCUCCUGGUGAAGAUACUCCUCGUUGUCGCCACCUUGGCCACCGUCAACGCAGCGGGGCCCAUUAUGUUUAAUUGGUGGAAGAUAACGCCCGGGUCAAUAUUUACAUGA